GAGGAGCUGGAGCAUCUGAACCAGGCUAGUGAGGAGAUCAACCAGGUGGAGCUACAGCUAGAUGAGGCCAGGACCACAUACCGGAGGAUCCUUCAGGAGUCUGCAAGAAAGCUUAACACACAGGGCUCUCACUUGGGGAGCUGUAUUGAGAAGGCCCGACCCUACUAUGAGGCUCGACGACUGGCUAAGGAGGCCCAGCAGGAGACACAAAAGGCAGCAUUGCGCUAUGAGCGUGCUGUGAGCAUGCACAAUGCUGCCCGGGAGAUGGUCUUCGUGGCUGAGCAGGGUGUCAUGGCUGACAAAAAUCGACUGGACCCUACAUGGCAGGAGAUGCUCAACCAUGCUACCUGUAAGGUAAAUGAGGCAGAGGAAGAGCGUCUUCGAGGCGAGCGGGAACAUCAGCGUGUGUCCCGGCUGUGCCAGCAGGCUGAAGCUCGGGUCCAGGCCCUGCAAAAGACCCUCCGACGGGCCAUUGGCCAGAGCCGACCCUACUUUGAGCUCAAGGCCCAGUUCAGCCAAAUCUUGGAGGAGCACAAGGCCAAGGUGACAGAACUGGAGCAGCAGGUGGCACAGGCCAAGACCCGCUACUCAGUUGCUCUGUGUAACCUGGAACAGAUCAGCGAGCAGAUUCAUGCCCGGCGCCGGGGCUUGCCUCCUCAUCCUCUGGGCUCGCGGCGAUCUUCCCCUGUGGGGGCUGAAGCUGGGCCUGAAGGCAUUGAGGAUGGGGACAGUGGGAUCGAAGGGGCAGAGGGUGGGGGCCUGGAGGAGGGCAGCAGCCUUGGGCCUGGUCCAGGCCCAGAUACGGACACGCUGAGCCUAUUAAGCCUUCGCACCGUGGCCUCUGACCUGCAGAAGUGUGACUCAGUGGAGCACCUGCGUGGCCUCUCGGACCAUGCCAGUCUGGAUGGCCAAGAGCUGGGACCCCAGAGCCGGGGACGCCGGGGAAGGGACAGUGGAGUCAGGGGCCGGCAUCAGCACAGUGUCAGCCUGUAGCUUUGUGACCAAUGUGCUGGCAUGACUUCUACUAUGGGCAACCAAGGCCCCACAGGCCUUUUUCUCCUCGAGUCCUGUCUGCCCCAGAUUUGGUCUGCAGCCUUCCCUGGGCAAGGUCAGCUGUGUCUCAGUCCUGUCUCCCUAGCUUUCUCACAGUCCCUUCUUUCAGGAGGCAGCUCUCUCUUUGCCUUACCCACACCCAGAAGGCUUGCGCUCUGGCCCUGUCUCCUUGUCCCCUCCUGGCACUUGAGUCUCUCUGAUGCUCUCUGAUUUCCUCUUCUGACCUGACUUCUAUCUGUCUGGCUUUUCCCCUCAGGGAACUUGGUCUAGAAGACACAGAAAGGUCACAUGAGAACACAUGUCCUAGCCCAAGUGGUUGGACAGGUCCUCACCUGGUGUCCACUGGUACUGUCUUCCCAGAAGGCAGCUCCCCAGGGUGCGCUGGGUAUGCUGCUGAGUCCCGGCAGCCUGUGCUCUUGUCCUGUCCUAGCUUGCCUGUGAGCAAUGUGUAAAAUGUCCAUGUGCCUCUGGAAGACACCACCUUCUGUCAGUGCACCCCUUGUGACCUUAGCUGCUGUUCUGUGUCCAUAAUUCAGUGUCAGGUGGGGGAGCCAAACCCUGUUAUCAAUGCGGCUAUUAGGACCAACUCCAAAUGGCC